AUGCAGUUCUCCUACUGGCGACUGGGCCUCGCGCUCCUCGCGACGAUCGCUGCGUUUCUGCUGUCCAGACCGGUAGUCCAAGGGCUGCUUCACAUCAUCCACUCGCGUCUCGACAAGCGCGUGCGAUGGAUUGCUGACGUGCAGCACUAUAUGGUCACGUACCUCUGGUGGUUCCUGUUCCUCGUCUUGGUCCGGAACGUCGUGGCGCAGUACAUUUUGGGAUUGGGCGACAAGAAGGACGAAGUGAUGCAGUACUUGGGCUAUUUGGUGGCCAUUCCGUUGGUACUCGGAACCUUUUCGAUGCGCAAAGUGGUCACAAAUGCCUUUGUUCGAUACGUCAAGUGGGACCGCUACGCGUCCAACUACGACGCGCGUGUCUUUGUCAUUACCGAGUUUAUCAAGUUCGUGUGCAUCGUGUUCAUUCUCAUUGAGAUUUUCUACAUUUUCUUCAUCUCGAACCCGUUCAUGCGGUUUGUCCUCGUUGUCGGGUUCUUGAGCGUCGAGCUGGUCGGUGUUCUUGCAGGUUUCACACUGCUGAAAAAUGUAGCAAUGGGACUCUUUCUUAUCUUUGCCGAACCGUUUCGCACGGGCAGUGAAGUAAAAGUGCGGAACUUGUCGGGGUUCAUCGACCGAGUGUCGCUUGCGAGAACGACCAUACGACGAACGGACGGGUCGAUGAUAUUUGUGCCGAACGGCAUUUUUGCCGAUAAUUACCAGACGAGCGGUAACGCCAUGGAUGCCCACAGACAUUCAGUUACGCUGGAACUACAUCCUGCUACGCCCGUCCAAAAGAUCAAAGAGCUUGUGUAUGAGCUGCAAACGGUGUUGCUACAGUACGCUUUGACAAUGCAAGCGCUCGCUGCACUGUGCCGAGAUCGCCGCGAAGUCUAUGCUGUCCGAUCGAAUAGCGUCACGAGUUACAGUGUGAGUGGGGGAAACAGUGACGGUGUACCGAGGGACCAGCAACAGUCUACUUCGAGCAGCGAAGCCAGCACUAGCACGCCUCUUACGCGAGGAAGAACCCGCACUACCUCAAGCGCGUUCGACGCGACCGGUCGGCCAAUUUUGCCGCUUUCUUCGCCUGUCUGCGUCGAGCUGCACGCAAUGUUCACGGUAAAAGUGACUAUAUUCGUUGAUCGCGAACGUUUCGGCUCGCUCGAGAAGGCGAGAACAGAGGUGAAUCUCGCAAUCAUCGACGUGAUCCAGCGGCUUGGCAUUGUCGCGAAGCAAACAGCCCGCGACACGCCGAAAGUGUGA